AUGCGAUACAUCCCGAUUCACCUUAGCCUUUCCACAACCCUCCUCGAGAUUCUCAAUGUCCGCCCCAAUGACCCCAUUCUCCGCUGCUUCCCGGACAACGAUCUCGACACUCUUCACGACCAUCUUCUCGGCGAUCCCGACGGCGCAAUCAAGCUAGCCGACUCCAAGCUCCGCGUAUUCCCUUUCAAAGAUGUGGACGUAUGCUGGCGCCGCUAUUACACCGACGCAUGCUUAUUGAAAGCAUGUCUGACGAUCGCCGAAAACUGCGGGUUUCCGCACCGCGAACGCAACGGACACCCAGUUCUCCCGCCCUGUCCUGCUCCUGCUCCUCCUUCACAUCCCGGUUCCACGGCCCUGACGCGCAGGCAAUACAUACUGAGGAUUAUCCAGGAUUCCUGCUCCCUGAAGGGGCUGAUUGACAUCGACCCGGAUGCAGAAUGGCUCACGCCUACAAUACACAUGCUCGACAAGGCAUUGAUAAUGACAGGAGCACCACAGAGGGAGAAGUGGGUCUUAAGUUUGAUUUAUGCGUUGCAGGGUUCGUGUCCAACGACUAGGUGGAACGACCGAAUUGAAUAUGAAUUUCGUGAUGAAUUGGAUCCCGACGAACUUGCUACUCCGCUCUUCUCUGACGAUACUGCGCCGACGCCUGAGAUUCGCUUCCCUAUACCACGAGUAUCCAAACUACCGCAGUGGGGUACGUCGCCCACGUCGCCGAGUUUCCGUAAUCAUGCGCGCCAGAAGAGAACACCGCUUGUCAUAACGGAUGCCGUGGCUGAUUGGCCGGCUAUAUCGACAGGGUCGUGGGCAUCCCGGGAGUUCUGGAUGCAUCGCACCUUUGACGGACGGAGACUUGUUCCCGUGGAGAUUGGGAGGUCGUAUACAGAUGAGGAUUGGGGGCAGCGGUUAAUGUCCUUCAAUGACUUUGUGGAGAAGUAUCUCAAUCGGGAUAGACACAGCGAUGAUGCUGGUCCAACGGGGUAUUUGGCGCAGCAUGAUCUGUUUCUCCACAUACCGACCUUAUAUAAGGAUAUUAUGCACCCGGACUAUAUGUACAUCGAUGCACCCAAGGCCGAACCUGGCACCCCAGCCUACAUCAGACUGCAGAGAGAGGAAGAGGAGCGGAGACGGAAACUGGGAGAAGAAGUCAUUCCAGUCCAGGAGCAGGAAGAGGAACCCAAAUACGGCGACGACUCUGACUCCUCCUCCUCGACAUCCUGGCACGAAUCCGACUUCGACGGCCCGCACCUCAACAUCUGGAUGGGUCCCUCAUGGACGAUAUCCCCACUCCACUUCGACACAUACCAUAACAUCUACGUGCAAGUAGUAGGCGAGAAAUACUUCCGACUAUAUUCACCCCACACACCACUUUCGAAGAUCCACCCGAAGGGGAAAGAACCCGUCGUUAGACGAAGACCCGAGGGCGGGGAAGACCCCCUCCAGUACACUCACCACCAACACUACCGACAAGAACCCGAACUUGUAGACAUGUCCAAUACCUCGCAGGUUGACGUCGCUGCUAUUGAGAUGUCCCCUGCUGAGGCGGACCAUUGGGAGGAGCUGUGGCCUGGGUUCAUGGAUGCGGAGUACGUCGAGACGGUGCUUAAGCCGGGGGAUAUGUUGUAUAUCCCCAUUGGGUGGUGGCAUUACGUGCGGAGUAUCAAGGGUGGGAUUGGUGUUAGUUUCUGGUGGAAUGGGUGA